AUGUAUUGCCUUCCCUGCUUUAAGGACCUCACCACUCUUCCUCAGUUAUAUCAACAAUUGGUGGAAACAACUUUAGCAGAAAACUACCAUUUGCUUUAUAGGUUGAUUCAGUUGGUGUUGACUCUUCUUGUUUCUACAGCAACAACGGAACGAGCUUUUUCAUGUAUGAGAAUUAUUCAGAAUAGAUUUCGGAGCACCAUAGUUGAUGAAUUCCUUGAUGAUUGCAUGAUUCUCCACAUUGAAAGAAAGUUUGCUAAUAAUAUCGAUAAUGAAGAGAUAAUUGAGGAAUUUAAGAUUUCUAAGCCUCGUAGGAUAUGCAUAUUUGAGGGUAAGACUCAUUACGUCCCUCCUGACUAG